AUGGUCGUUGGCAUUUUUUUAGAAUAUUUCGCAAAAUUUCAUGAAAAAUUUUACCUCAUCGAUGUUCUUCCUGGACCAUCGUUGCAGUUUCAAAGCUUUAGUAGCUACGUUAGCGAGUCUGUCGUUAGCAGUUUGAGGAUUGUUGAGAGUCGAACGGAUAAACAUAUACACAACAACAACAACCACAACAACAACAACAACAUCGAUCCACCCAACAACCCCACAACAAAAAUCAUUUACAAAUUACUAGGCACGGAGAAUCAACAGCUCCAUCGAGUAGAAGAACAAAAAAUGUUGACACCAACACAAAAGUUGUUGCUAAACAAAAUAUCAAAAGCAACAUUCAUCAUGCUUAUGUACAUUAACGCAACAAACGCAAUGCUGCUAGCUCAACCGCAACCAGCAACCGCAACCUGCAACAACAGUAUAGACAACAAUCAAAAUCUCUAUACAACUUCUUUCUUAUCAUAG